CUGAAUCCGCUAUUCGCCUUUCCGGGAAGUAACGCGUUAACCACCACUCCAUGCGGGUCCUUCGUUUCGCCUGUCUCCCAGCUAGUUCUGUUCUAUAUUCCUAUAAAAACAACAUUCCAGGUAGGGAACUGGGUUCAACGAGCUUUGAAUAUGGGUGUGGAUGCACUGCGGCAAGAAUACCGUAGUCUAGCUCGGUAUACAUUGCCGGAAAUGACCGUCGAAGCAAACGAUAGCUGUCCGAUGACAGGAUGUAUGGGGACUUGUUGUAGAUACCAAGACGUGCCGUGUCAGGAUCAGAAUCGUGUUGUACUGAAAUGGCAUUGCGCUGUGACAGAUUACAUCCAUGCUAAUUACGUUGCCACGCCGGUAUCAGAAAAGCGCUUCAUUCUAACGCAGGGACCGUUAGAUGGUACCGUGAACGAAUUCUGGCAGAUGGUACUACAAGAAGAAGCUGAAACAAUCAUCAUGCUUUGUAACUGUAUUGAAACGGGAAAAAACAAGUGCUCACCGUACUGGCCAGAUAAAAUUGGUGAAACAAAGCAGUUCAAUGGUGCAACACGUUGUUUUCAGACACGUGUUCUUUCGCCAGAAGAGCUCACAGUUUUAGUAUGUAUUCUCAACAUGAAGUACACUGCUGCCAACGUUCGGCACUAUCAAUGGCAAGAUUGGCCGGAUAGAGGUGUUCCGCCAUGUAAGCUGACAAGUAUGGAACUGUUAUCCCGUGUUCGUGGCACCACAAAGCCAAUUGUAGUGCAUUGUUCGGCCGGUAUAGGAAGAACAGGUACAAUAGUGGCGAUUGAGUAUAUAAUGGGUAAGGACAGAUUUCCACUGAGAAAUCCUAUGAACGAUCUCCUAAAGGAACUUCGUAACCAACGAGCUUACACUAUCCAAAAUGACUUGCAAUACUUGUACAUUCACCGAGUCAUGUUAUGUUACUUUUUGGAAAAGCACAAAAAUAGGUAUGCAGCAAUUCUCACAGAAGAAAACAAGGCGAAAUACCAGAAGUUUGUUCAAGAUUACAACGCAGCGACCGGUACAUAG